AUGAUUGACGCUCACCGGAACAAGUCUGAGAAUGUGGAUAACCAGUUCUUGAAAGAUUACACCCUUCUCAAGAGUGCAACGGCAAUUACAAAGCAUUCCACAAAGUGUGAUCUGCCAACUGUUCGUCCAGCAGAUAGAGGCUACCCUAUUUAUACGGACGAGGAUGGGAAUGUGGACAAAUCUCGUCGCAAGGACGCAAUCCUGUUAUCAAUGUAUAACUUGCAAAAAUAUUGUCCCUUAAUCGAAACAGGCACUCUGUCCGAAACAAGAAUACAUUUCUACAACUUCUAUGAUUCUAUUGCUGAAAAAGUACGAGCACUCGACGAAUGGCCGAACGACCUCCGCAAGGACAAGAACAGCAUAAGAUUUUAUCAAGCACUCCUCAACAAUAGCGAUGCAUUGAAGAUCCCCUUGUUGUCCGCCAUAAAAUGCGUCCUCGUAAUCCCCGCAAGUAACGCCGAUCCAGAGCGCAGCUUCUCAGCAGCCACUAGGCUAACACAAAGCGAUCGAAACAGCUUGGGAACCAAGUCCAUAGAUGCUCUGAUGAGGUGGGUGCCGUUGUCUCGACAGAAAAUCAGUGACAUUAUCUUCUUACAGAGAUACCUUUUCAUCUCCAUACAACUUAGAUUUUGUAGAGUCCAAGCGUGA